UUCUGAAUUGAAGUCAACCAAUGAAUCACAGACAAGAAAGAAAGAAAGAGAGUAUAACCAAACAUCAGCUAAUCCAGGACCAGCACAGACAAAAUCUCAAACAGGGUUACAUUAACCCGCUCACCAAACAAAUCCAGAAAUAUCAAAUGGAAUAAACGAAUUCGUUUAUCCCAGUCAGUCAAUCUGGCGCUUUGGAUCAACUCGUGGCUUUCAUCUUUCUUCCCAUUACGAAUUGAAGAACUUUGGCAAUGGAAGGUAAUCCAGACCCUGAGCACCGCAUGAUGAUUGAAGAAAGUUACCAACAAAGUAUGCAAAUUGAUCCAAGUAGAGCACGAUUUCCAUGCUGCAUCGUUUGGUCACCCCUUCCUGUCAUUUCCUGGCUGAUUCCUUUCAUUGGCCAUACUGGCAUAUGCAGAGAGGAUGGGGUGAUCCUGGACUUUGCAGGGCCUAACUUUGUGUGUGUAGACAGUUUUUCGUUUGGGGCAGCUACUCGAUACAUCCAGGUGAACAAGGAACAGCAGUGUUGUAUUUCUCCCUAUCUGUCUGCAUUGAAUGGUGAUGAUCAAUACCAGCCAAAUGAAUCAGGAAGAGACACAUUGACUUGGGAUGAUGCACUACGAAAGAGUACACAGGAGUUCCAACACCGAUCAUACGAUCUUUUUACUUGCAAUUGCCACUCCUUUGUAGCCAACAACCUGAACAGAUUAGGUUUUAAUUCUGGUGGGUGGAAUGUGGUGAACUUAGCUGCAUUUAUUUUCCUUAAGGGUCGUUGGGUGAGCUUUACAUCAAUAUUACGAACUUUGCUGCCAUUUAUUAUAGUAACCUUUCUUGGACUCACAUUUGGUGGCUUGACCUACAUCAAGUUCUUGGCAUUCUUCACCCUGCUUCUUGUUGGUUGGUUUCUUGUUGGUACUUACUGUUUCAAUAAUGUGAUCCAGUUAUAGCUUUCAUGUUCUUUGAUCAUCUUAAUGUAGAAGGCCUGUAGUUCAACACUUUACAUUCAUUGUUAUACAAUUGAUGUGAUCAGAGUAUACUUCGAGCAAUGUGAACUAUGACAUCUGAUUUUUAUUUAAACUUUGUGUUGUGUGCCUUCACUA